AUUUUAAGGCCACGGGCUUCUAUUGCCUCGUUCUCUCGGCCACUUCUAAUUUGCUAGCCUUUCGCCGCCUUCUAGGAGCCCCUAUAUUUUCUCUCCAUCUGUAUAUUUUGAAGAAACAGGUUCUCGCUUAAAAUCAAGUGGCUAGCUGGUGAAGAUUAUACUUUUUACACAAACAAAAGAGCUGUAUAAUACAUUUGGAUUAGCAAAAUCUUUGGUGGGUUCAAGAAUAAUCAUCAUUGGCCGUAGUGAGAAAGGGAAAUACAUAGCGAAAAUCUUGGAAGAUUUUUCGGUAUUCGAAAUUUUUCUCUAUUAAAGUUUGCAUCUUUUGGGAGUUAUGAACGGAUUACUGGUGACAGCUUGUCUUUUCUGUGUUCAACAGAACGUCAGUAGUGCUGUAUUGGUAUAAUUAAUUUUGAGUUCGUCCGGCCCUUGAGAAGAGUUGUUUUGACGGUGGAUCUUGGAGAACACACAGUAUAAUGUGAUAAUAUACAAAUCUUUGCAAAUUUUCAGCAAUUCUAGGUUCCAAUUGUAUGAAUUUUCCAUCAUGCCCCUCUCCGAGUUUCUGAGAAUGGCUAGAGGGAAUCUGGAUUCCGGCGAGCAGGACAAACGCCAAAAUGGUCUCCCUUCUCGAGAUGAGAACGAGUUGGUUGAGCUAGUGUGGGAGAAUGGCCAGAUUGUAAUGCAGGGUCAUUCUAGUAGAGGUAACAAAGGCCUUUCCGUUCACAAUUUACAAUCUCACGUGCCAAGAGUUAGAGAUUCAGGUAUAGGAAAUUUCACCACGUCAAGGAUUGGAAAGUUUGGUGGAGUUGAGUCUAUCUUGAAUGAUAUUUCACCUAUGGUGCCCUCAGGGGAACUGGAUGUAAGUCAAGAUGAUGAAAUGGUUCCUUGGUUAAAUUAUCCCAUAGAUGAUGGUUUACCGCAAGAUCACUGUUCUGAACUCUUACCUGAAAUAUCUGGUGUUACGGCUAAUGGAAUGUCUGCCCAAUCAAUCUUUGCAACUAACAAGAGAAGUACUUUUGACCAGUCCGAAAGUAAUUUACACGAUAAUGGGAAUGCAUCGAAGGUUUCUUCUUCUAGAGCUCGGCUCUCAUGUCCAUGGCUGCCUCAGCAAGGCCAGACGCCAGAUCCGUCCCUAGGAUCUGGAGUUUCCGAUAUCAUUAGCACUAAUAUGAGUGACAUCCCAGAUGCUAUAUUUGGAAACUCAGCUCGGGGUCAGGCAAGUGGAAAUGAUUCUAACAGUGAAAAGAUGGAGAGACGGAAUGUAGAGAUUCCUAGUAGUAGUUCAAAUUUGUUGAACUUUUCCCAUUUCUCAAGACCAGCUGCUCUUAUCAAAGCUAAUUUUCCGAAUACUGAUGGAAUGCCUAUUUCAGGGUCAUCAGGCAUUAAAGGGAUGGAAGCUAACGAGAAAGGUUCUGCUACCAAUAGCAGCAAUCCUGUCAAAUCCACACUCUUUAAACGGUUAAAUAGUAAGGAAAAGGAUAUUGAUAUCCAUUUUCCAUCUACUAUGGCAUGCAACGAGCUUGAUUCAAGACCACCAGUAUCUAAGCCACCUAAGGAGUCGAAACAUGCUGAACAAGAGGAGGGUUUACCCCAAGAAACUCUUGUUAAGAAACCCAAGUCUUCGAUUCCAAGUAAUGCUCCCAAUGCAAGCAAUGGAGUUCUAGAUAGUGAGAGAACUGUUGAGCCUGUGAUUGCUUCUUCUUCUGUAGGCUCUGGCAACAGUGCUAAUAGAGCUUCAAGCGAUCAGAUACAAAAUUGCAAGAGAAAAUAUCAUGAAAAUGAGGAGUCUGAUUGCCAUAGUGAUGAUAUUGAAACUGAGUCGAUCAAUGUUAAAAAAGAAACUUCUGCUCGAGGAGGUACUGGUUCCAAGAGAAGUCGAGCAGCAGAAGUCCACAAUCUUUCUGAAAGAAGGCGAAGGGAUAGGAUCAAUGAGAAAAUGCGUGCAUUACAAGAACUUAUACCCAACUGCAAUAAGGCAGAUAAAGCUUCAAUGCUUGAUGAAGCCAUUGAAUAUCUCAAGACCCUUCAACUUCAGGUACAGAUUAUGUCCAUGGGAGCUGGGUUCUGUAUGCCACCAAUGAUGUUUCCCACUGGAAUGCAACACGUACAUCCUGCUCACAUGCCACAUUUCUCACCCAUGGGUGUUGGAAUGGGAAUGGGUUUUGGGAUGGGUAUGCUAGACAUGAAUGUUGGAACUCCCGGAUAUCCUAUUUUUCCAGUACCUCCCAUGCAAGGAUCACAUUUCUCUUCUCCAAUGCCAGGUUGCACAAAUUUUCCAAGAAUUGCUGGUUCUAACCGACCGGUAUUUGGGCAUCCGAGUCAUGGACUUCCCGGCUUUGUUCCGCAGGCACCUUUGGUUCCUUUACCUGGUCGCCCUCCAGUAGGUUCUGCCAUGGGUUUAAAUACCUCAAUGAGUGGAGGUCACAUGAAUGUGCCUAGUACAUCUCUGACAACAAACUCUGAUGAUCCAAUUAGAAACAAGAAUUCACAGCUGAUGCAGACUGCUGAAGCUAGCAGCUCAAUGAACUAUACACCUAAUAAGCUGCAAGCAGCAAAUGAUGUUCUACACCAACCUGCCAAGGUGCAAGAGAAUAAGCUAGGACUGGAUGUUAGUGUGAGUGCAGAUGCUACCCCCACCAAUGCAACUGACAUUAGCACAAAAGGCGGUUGUGAUUAAAUAUUGUUGAUGCCAUGGAAGGGAUCCACCCCGGUUGACAGUAGCUCUCAGUUCUGUUCCAGAAAACUUAUGGCAAUAGUUCUGAGUACGGGGAUUUUAUAGAUCUUUGAAAGAGGUGAAGCUGUUGAUUUCUGAAUUUGAACUCCAGGACUGUAAACUACAAAAUGCACAGGUUUUGCUAUAAUUAUGAUCUGCCCCUUUUAGUAUGUAUAUCAAUGAACAUGACUCGUUUGGUUGUAUCAGUGAUAGAAGAGUAGAACUGUGCAGAUGUAUUCAAAUAUGUAACAGCAAUUUUAACACAAUCUUCAGGUUUUAUAAACGCAUCUUCAUAUAAUCAUAUUUUUAAGGAUCUUUUA